UUCCCCUAAAAUACUAAUGUACUUUACUUUAAUUUAGGUCUGCUUUAAAGACGCAUUACAAACAAAUCGAACAGAUAAGAGAAUCGAGAAAGGUCUUAAACCCUAAUCAGAGAUUCCAUUUUUAUCAUCACGAAAUGGCAGCACAAUCCGUCAAUGCAGCGAUGUUCGAUCUCAAUGAUCUUCCCGGAGACGUAGACGAAGACGGCGAUAGCUCAGACUGUUUCAUCUUCUCCACCACUCUCUCCUCCCGUGGUUCCACCAAACACGACGCCAUCUCCGUCGAGAAUUACGACCAGCAUCGUCGCCUCAGAAAUAAAUCUGAACCCCCAAUCUUCAUCGAUCUCGACCAAUACAACAACGGCGAAGAAGACGACGACGAUCUAAGAAUCCUCUGUUUCCCUCCGAUCCUAGAAAAGGGUCAGUCCUCAAAGAGUAAGCCCUUGCGGCCUUUGACCUUCUACUGUGAGAUUUGUGUUGAAUCCAAACCAAUAAUUGAAUCCUUCCCAAUCAAUGGAUGUUCUCACUCAUACUGCAACGAUUGCGUGUCAAAAUACGUCGCUGCUAAAUUACAAGACAAUUUGCUUUCCAUCGAUUGCCCUGUCACUGGUUGCUAUGGGCGGCUCGAGCCAGAUCAAUGCCGUCUGAUUUUGCCACGAGAGGUCUUUGAUCGGUGGGGAGACGCUCUCUGCGAGGCGGUUAUGAUGCGUUCAAACAGAUUCUACUGUCCGUACAAAGAUUGCUCUGCUCUUGUUUUCUUUGAGUGUGAAGAUGAGAAGAUGAAGGAAUCAGAAUGUCCUCACUGCAAUAGAAUGGUGUGCGUAAGGUGCGGGACGAAGUGGCAUCCCGAGAUAACUUGCGAGGAGUUUCAGAUGCUUGGGGAGAACGAGAGAGAAAGAGAUGAUAUUUUGUUGAAGAAAAUGGCAGAGAAUCACAAGUGGAGAAGAUGUCCUUCUUGCAAAUUCUAUAUUGAAAAAUCUCAGGGUUGUUUAUACAUGAAGUGCAGGUGUGGGUUGGCUUUUUGCUACAACUGUGGAACUCCAUCGAAGGACACUUCUCAUUAUUGUUACAGUUGCAAGCAUUGAUAUAAGCUUUUAGUAUUUAUUAUUAUCUCUGUCUCCAAAGCUAUAAGCUGUAUGAAUUUGGAUUUUUAUUUGGUAAUAACCAUCUUUGGAUCCACAUUUAUAUAUUAUAAUCAUCGUUGGUACGCAGUAAAAAAGUGUUGUUCGGAGGUGAAUGACAAUUUGUGCCAAAUGUUAGGAAGUAAAUAUUCAUCAUUCUUUCUAGUGGGGUGGUUGCAACAGAUUAAUAGACAAGAACG